AAGGCGAGAGAGGAGAGGAUGUUGCUAUCGUCGAAGCUUUAAUUUGUAUGGUACCUCUGUAGCGGGCACAAUGAGUCACCGCGGGUUCCUCGUGAUGGAUCCUUCUCCCGAGAAGAUCCAGGAGCGCAGACCAAGAGGACAGGGCGAGGCCAUGGCAUACUUUGAGAUCAGUCCUGUUCACAAACAGAAAAAGAAAAUUGUUCAGGAAGAAGAGAUCCCUGUUCUGCGCCUUACACACUUUACUCAUUCACCAAAGAUAAGCUUUGAAACAGUCAAGCUUGGUACAACACGCCAGAGAAAGCUUCGAGUGCUAAACCCUAAAGAUCAGAAGCAGCUGUUUUUCUGUGAAAAGUUCCCUGGGGAAGACUCUGGUUUUGCCUGCUCAGAUCUGAAUCUAGAACUAGAGCCAGCAGAGAGUGUUGACCUUAUUCUUUCGUGGACUCCUGUGAAGGAAGGCAACGUACGGGAACUGAUCCACUGGAAAACUACUCUGGGAGUCCGGGCACAAACCGUUAUCCUUGGAACUUGCAUUGAUCCCAAUGCCAAAAAGAAAGCCAAAGGGAGAGGAAGAGCACCUCUGAAGCCACAAAAUGCCUCCUUAGGGCAGUCCAAGAAGCCAGUAUCCGUUCCUGCCCCCAAGGCUCCCCAGGGAGGCAAACGAGUCCUCAAACCCGCUGGCAAGAAGAAUGGUAGCGAAAACAAGCCACCAGUGUUCCAGGAACCAGUUGUUAGACCUGAAGCCUUUAAUUUUGCUGAAUCUACCCAAAAGGGAAAGAAGCAAGCACCAUCAACUUCAAAGAAUUCAAGGAGAGUGGUCAUCUCAACUUCAAGUCAAGAGAGUGUUGUGGCUGAACCUGGGACAUUAAACUCUACAAGGAAUUCUGAAAUGUGUGCAGAAACAGAGAGUCUGUAUAUCUCAGCAAUUGAACCAGAAUCUGUGGCUUCUCCUACAAAGCGCAGGCCACAGCCCAAGCAACACCCAAGGAAGGGGCUGAAGCAUCAUGUUGCCUGGAAAGAUGUCUCAGAUUCAGAAGACUUUACUGCUAGGAGGAUGACGUAUUGUUUGCCAGGGCAGGGUGAGGUGACAGAAAUUCAUCAGAUUGUUGAUGAAGAGACAACAGAAAUUAGCAUAAAGUGUGAGGAGGUAUAUGAAGUGUUUUAUAAUGUGACAGAAGAAGUGAUGAAGGAUGGAACUCGGGAGACUUUUGUCACCCCUGGUGCCCCGUCCCUUGUUUCUACCAAAGAGAAGACACUAAAGCAGACUGAAUCCAAGCAUUCAGAGGAAGUUUGGCAAGUCCAUGAUGCCAUACAUGAACAAUCAGAAGAGUUGCCAUUGAGACGUCAAACCUUUGCAAAAGGAGUCAAGCUAAGCUCCAAUGAUAGUGCUGAUGGAGAUAUCCAUUCCAUCAAUUAUUCAACAACGGAAACUACAACUUUUUCAAAUGAAACCUUCAGAAAGAUUGUUGGUCAAUUGCCUCCGUGCAAUGCCGAAGAGUCUCCAAUGAGACGACAGACUUUUGUUGCAUCAAAACCUGAGAAGUUCAGAUCAGUGGAAGGUGACAGUCUGCCAGUUUGCAAUGGACUAGCUACACCACUGCGAAGACAGACAUAUCUUACUGCAGAUGCUAACAACUUCAAAAGUGUUGAGAAUGGCAACCUUCCAUUGUGUGAUGUUGAAGAGUCCCCACUAAGAAGAAAAACUUUUGUCAAGAAAGACCAGGACUUCUUAAGACGUCAGAGCCUGUUUCACCGAGAUGAUAUGGAGAACCUUGACAGUUAUAAGGAUUGUCACAUUUACAGCGAUGUUUGCAAGCAAUUUGAAAAUUCAAAUGCUUCAGAUACCUCAACACCAACUAUGGGUUCAACUCCCCCUCUCCGGGGUGACUGCUCGGUCACUGGACUUCAGAUGACUCCAAUUACUCCUGCUCCACUAACAGGCAUUAAUAGUUUGGCAUCCAUGAGGGCUUCAUGUAUGAAUUUUUUGGAAAAGUUGAAUUGUGAAGAGGUUCCUGACACGCCAAAGGUAUCCUCUAAAUCUGAAAUGAAGGGCUCCCUGAGCUCUGGCUUCAGUUCUUUUUCCCCAGAUACAGAUAUGUACACAGCUCCUGGCUCCCCUUCAUCAGAGUAUGAAACUGCGCCAAGUACACCACCUGAGCCGGCGCUUGCUAUUGAGGACUUUGAUGUUUCAGUAGAAUUUCCAACACCAAAGAUUGGGGAACAUGUGACCAAACUGAAGUCUGUGAAUCUAGAUGAUGUUUCGCUUAUGCUCAAGCAAGAGCUAGAAGGCCACAGGAAAGAAGUUUUGGAAGAAAGCAUCAGCACAGAUAGUCUUGAGAAGACAUUUAGCCCAGAGAAAGCUUUAACUGAAAGCCUACCUGCUUUGCAUCAGCAUGAAUUGUAUGUAGAACAAGGAAGGGAAACCUCUGAAUCUCAGAGUCCUGUUCCCCAUCACCAAUUAAGUACUGAGACCAUUACAAAGGAGACAUCUAUUUUGCAUCCUGAUGACAUUGUAGCAGUUGAUGAGCACCACAAUAGCUGUGAGACAGUAGUCAGAGAUUUACCAACAUUUUCACCAUCAUCUCUGCCACAGGUGACAGAGUUCAGUAACCCUCGCAGGAUGAGUGACAUAGGAUUGCAAAGAUACACUAAGAAAAAGCAGAAUUCACGUAAGAGUGAUUCAUUCUUGGAUUGUCAUGAACCAUACCAAAGUGAGGCUCUAGAUGAGCUACUCCUCUUUAAGGGAGUUGCAAAGGAAACUGGACUUGCUCCUGAGGUGAUACAGGAAGAAGUGCAAGAUGAAGACUUUAUCAUAGCUUCUGCUGCAGACUUUAGUUUUGAUCCCAGCAUAGAUCCUCGGCGAUGCUCCACAGGUAGAAAACCCUUGCCACCUGAUGAGCUAAAUGAACAGCGUAGGUUAUCAGAUAAAUGUCGUCAGCUCUUCCUUGCUCCUGAGGAAGUAUCUCAAGUUGUUCAAUGUUCAGAAACUUUUGAUGCUGCUCCUGCUCUUGGUCUCAGCACAAUACUUGAGGUAGAAGAGGCAACAUUAGCUAUGCCCCUCAACAAAACAUGUGAUGUGCCCCUCAGCAGAACACAUGAACUUCCCAUGAACAAGACACAUGAGUUAUCAGUGAACAGGACUCAGGAUUUGCCCAUGAAUAAGACACAUGACAUACCUCAAAACUGUUCUGAGGAAAUACCCUUUGAUAAAACACAUGAUUUACCUAGAAACAAAACCCAAGACUUAUCACUGAACAGAACACAUGAUCUACCCAGAGACAGAAACCAAGAUGUGCUUAUGAACAAAACUCAAGAUCUGUUGACUGAUGGAAGUCACAAUGUAUACUUGAGCAAAUUUGAUGAGUUCCCUAUUAACCAGACACACAGUCUGUCCAAAAAUAAAACACAGGAUCUAUUAAUGAAUGAAACACAGAAUCUACCUGUGAGUAAAAUGCAGGGUCAAUCCAUGAAUACAACACAGUGUCUGUCCAUGAAUAAAACAAAGGAUCUAUCCAUGAAUAAAACACAGGAAUGUCCCUUGAAUAAAAUACAAGGUUUUGAGGAGGCGAGAGAUAUGUCUGUGGAUGAAACCAAAAAUAAGCCCACAACGGAAACACUCCAGUUGCCUGCAAAUGUAACUCACAAUUUAACCGGGGAUGAUUGUCUAGAUUCCCAACUAAAUAAGACACACAGUCUGCAUGGGAGUAAGACAAGGGAUUCAUCCUUUGGGAGAACCCAGGUAUUGAAUCACAGGCAUGAUAGUAAGACCUCUACAGAAUCAUAUCAGUCUCAUAUUUGUGAGUUCUCAGAAGAAUUUACUACUGAAACUCAAAUUAUCAAAGCGAAAGUAGAGAUCCAACAGGAAGUAUGUUUGGCUAAUUCAGAUGUCACUGCUGAAGUUGUGAAGAAGGAAGAGGGAUCAUCAGAUGUUUUGCAAAAGAAAGAUGAGGAAGAGAAGCACGGACUGUUGUUUAUUGGAAUAUCGCCAACGCGUCCCAAGAGGCCACCAGAAGAACAGCAAAAGAAAAGUAUGCCAAAGCGAAGCAGGGUGAAUCCUGCUCCUGGGGUGUCUGUGAGAGUGUCUUCACUCAAGUCACGAAAUGAUAAACAGAGUCCAAAGAAACUGUCUGUAGUAUCUAGCAAGUGCAGGAGUCCAUGCAAACCUGUUGCUAGGAACACUAUGGCAACAAAGGCACCACCAAGAAGCUCUUUAGUGAGGAAAGAGAACUCAAUGCGAGCUCCAUCUGCAUCACAGCCUUCGAGGACGCUUGGUCAAACCAAAUCCAUUUCGGGGUCCCGUUUAAGUAGAUCAUCAUCACGUCCUAAACUUGCCUCCAUGUCUGCUUCGACCUCUUGUCUUGCUAGUACUACUACUCAGUCUGCUCCAGUCCGUCAUUCUUCUGUCACAGAUGUAAACACUGGUCUCACUAACUCAACAGUUAGCAUUAGCAGCUCCAGCUGCUCUUUGUCCAAAUCAUCCUCGGCAAGUGGCCUCAAUGCAUCAGCUUCGUCAUCAACAUCUUCAUUAAACCGUAGGAAGCUGGUCUCAAAGAGUGGUUUGAAGGGCCCACAGUCUAAAUUAACUCUCAUCAAAUCAAACAAAACAAGCAUUGUGCACCACCCAAAUCCAUAUGCUGCAAAGAACAUGUACUACGAUGACCGCUGGGUGGAGAAACAAAUAGCAGGUUUCACAAACUGGCUGAACUUUAUUCUCACUCCUCCAGAGGAAGAGGAUGUGGCAUCUAAAGUGAAGAAAGUUGAUAUGGGCAAGCUGUGGUCAGAGGCUACAAAGAGUUCACGGAUAGAGGUUGCACCAACCAAGGAAGUGAUGUCCCUGAGAGCUUACACAGCAAGACGAAGGCUCAACAGACUGCGCCGAAAAGCCUGCAAGUUCUACCAAAGCCCAGAGGUGGUUGAGGUGGUGGCCAAACUUGAGACAGCCAUUGACAAGAAGUUGUUAGCCAUUCGCAAGGACAGGCUUACCCAUGCAGAUCUUGGCUUGAAGCAGAUGAUGCUCCAGUUAGUGCUCUCUUACAAUCCCCUUUGGCUGCGCAUUGGGCUGGAGACUGUGUAUGGAGAGCUUCUUCACCUUAACUCUAACAGUGACAUGACUGGUAUUACACGCUUCAUUAUCACACGGUUACUAAACAAUCCAGAUAUAGCUGCCCAUUUUGCUCACCCAUCUGUGCCACAUUGCUACCGUGCUGGCUAUGAGGAGGCUAUCAAGAACUUCCAGCUGAAGAAGUUCCUCUUGCUGGUGUUCUUCCUAGAUCAUGCCAAAACUACCCGCCUGAUGGACCAUGACCCUUGCCUGUUUAAUAAAGAGGCAGAGUACAAGAGUAGCAGAGACAUACUGAUUGCCUUUGCAAGAGAAUUCUUGUCUGGUGUUGGUGAUAUCACAAAACACCUGGGAUACUUAGGUUACACUGUAACCCAUAAACAAACUGUUUUAGAGGAGUUUGAUUAUGCUGUAAAAAAUCUAGCUGUGGAUUUGCGGUGUGGCAUCAGACUGACACGGGUGAUGGAAAUGUUGACAAAGAACUUUAAGCUGAGUCCGAAGAUGCGAGUCCCAGCGAUUAGCAGACUACAGAAGGUCCAUAACACAGAUGUGGCACUCAUUGCUUUGGAACAAGCAGGCUGCAAAGGGGUUAAGGCCAAGUUCCCAUCCAAAGACAUUGUAGAUGGCCACAAAGAGCAGACACUGGGUUUGCUUUGGACAAUUAUCUUUAGAUUCCAGGUAUCUGUGAUAGUGUCAGAGAUCCGUCUUCGUGAGGAGAUUGGAUAUCUUCGCAGGUCGCUGGUGGUAAGGUCUCAGCUUGAGCAGCGGGCUCUUGCUGGACUGGAAUCUGUCAAUGAGGCAAUAACUGAGCUUGGUCAGCUGUCCAAGACAGAAAAGGAAAGUGAUGAAACUUUACUCACCUACUUAAAGCUAUGGGCCCAGUUUGCUUGUGCUCAUUACGGUGUUCAGGUUGAAAAUCUGACAGUCUCCUUCUCUGAUGGCCGUGCUCUGUGCCUCCUCUUGCACCACUAUUACCCAGACCUCAUGCCUUUACACCUGAUCAACUUGGAAACCACACAGAAUAUGCCCUCUCAGGGAAUAAAUCUGGAUAUAUCAGUGGAUGAUAGCUUUACCGACAUGACAUACACGGACACAAAUGACAAGGAAGAAUACAAUCGGCGUCUUGCAAAUGAGAGGGAGAAUUUUGCUGUGUUUGUUGAUAAGGUUUCCCAACUGGAUGGGAUCCCAAUGCUCAUCCGAGCCAGUGACAUGAUGAACACAAUUCCUGAUGAAAAAGUAACCGCAACAUUCCUAGCCUACCUUUGUGCGCGACUCCUGGAUCUUAGCGCCGAGAUUAAAGCUGCCAGGAUUUUACAGAUGGCGUGGAGAAAGCGUCUUGCAGAAAAGAGGCUGGAGCAGUUGAAGGUUCACAUGCAGUCGGCUAUUGUGAUCCAGCGCUGGUGGCGCGGCAAACGGAAGGUGAAGCAAAGAGCCUUGUAUGAAAGAGCUGCUGUUGUCUUGCAAGCUCACUGGAGGAAGAGAAUGGCAAUGAAACUCCUGCAGAAGCAUCGAGAGAAGAAGGAAUUGGAAAGGAAGCAUCGUGCAGCCCAUGUCAUCCAGGCUGCAUACCGACGCUAUAUUGUGGAACGAUACUUGAAGCAGUCCCAAGCUGCAUUAUGCAUCCAGAAUGCCUGGAAGGCCUACACCCAAAGACUGGCCUUCCUUAAAGCAAGAAAUGCUGCUGUUAUCAUUCAAGCAGCUUUCAGAGGCUGGAAAUGCCGAAGACAGUUUCUUGUGACCAAGCGUGUCAUCACUCACAUUCAGAGAGAAUAUCGAAGGAAGUUAAUUGUCCGGAGGCUCACCCAGGAGUACAAGCUGAAAUAUAAGGCCAUUGUUUCAGUACAGAGGUGGUGGAGGAAUGUUCUCAAGAAAAGAGAACAUGAGAGAGAGUUGAGGGAGCACCAAGCAGCAGCAACCAUCAUAAACUUCUUUAAGAUGUGUGUUCAGAGGAGAUCCUUUAUGGAAAAGUACAAGUCAGUCAUUCUUUUGCAGUCACAUGUUCGUAGACUACAGUGCCAAAAGAAGUACACCAACACCUUAAAGUCUGUAAUGCUGAUACAGACCAAGUGGAGAGCUACACUCUUAUCCCGUGAAGUGAGGGCACAGUACCUGGAACUACGUGAGGUUGCAAUAAAACUGCAAACUCACAUUCGCUGCUACUUGGCUCGUAAGGAGUAUGCUGCCAUUAGAUCAGCAGCCAUUAUGAUACAGAAGACUUACAAGAUGAAGAAACAGAGAGAGACAUACCUUGAAUUGCAAAAAGCUGCCUUAAUUUUGCAACAGAGGUGGAGAAGUAGAAAACAAAUGCAAGAACAUCGAAACCAGUACCAGAAAAUACGGGAAGCAGCUGUGAAGAUUCAGGCUUUCAGUAGAGGCUACAAAGUUCGUAAGACAUUAAUAGAGAGGCAGAAAGCAGCAGUAUGUCUUCAGGCUAAUUAUCGCAUGUGGAAGGAAAGAGAAAAUUACAGAAAGAGAAGGAAUGCUGUAAUAUCAUUACAGACACACUUAAGAGCAUGGCUGUACAUGAGACAAGACCAAGUUUAUUAUCAGAGUAUAAAGACUGCGGCUGUCAUUAUUCAGGCCAAUUGGAGGGGGAAAGUAGUUCGUGAAGAAUUUUUGCGUGUAAAGAGAUCUGCUGUACUUAUUCAGGCAUUGUUUAGAGGCUGGAAGGUAAGAAGACAAUACAAGAAAGAGGUAAAUGCAGCAAUCUCUAUUCAGAGAUGGUAUACAGCAACAAAAGCUAUGAAGCAAGAAAAUGAAAGAUAUAAGAGGUUAAGGUCCAGUGCAGUUAUCAUCCAGUCCACCUUCAGAGGAUAUCAGGAAAGGAAAUGUUACGUCAAAACACUGAAAUCUAUUACAAAGAUUCAAGCUGCUGUUCGAGGCUGGUUAAAACACCAACAGUACAUGAAGCUGAGAGCUGCUGCUGCAAUAAUCCAGCAAAGAUAUCGGGCAAAGAAACAGAUGGAAGAGCAUCUGAAUGCCUAUAAUGCUAUGAGAUCUGCUGCUGUCAAGAUUCAGUCGCAGGUGAGGAUGUACUACUGUAGGAAGCAAUAUCUUGCUAAAUGUAGUGCUGCAGUAGUCAUUCAGAAGUAUGCAAGAGGUUUUAUAGCCUUCAGGAAAUACCAGCACCUGAAAAAGAAUGUGAAAGUCAUUCAGAGAUAUGCCCAUGCAUGGUUAGGGGCAAGAAAGGUGCAACAACAAUACCAGGAACUAAAGCAGGCCACUGUUUUGCUGCAGGCACAUAUCAGAGGGUUCCAACUUAGACAAAACUUAAAGAAGAAGAGAACAGCUUGUAUUAUGGUUCAAAGUAUAUAUCGAAUGAAGAGGGAACAGAAGCUUUACCAAAGAAAGAAGGAAGCUGCUAUUAAAAUCCAAAAUGCUUACAGAGCUUACAGACUAGGAAGGGAUGUGCACUGCCAGUAUGUAAACCAAAGGAAAGCAAGUAUGAAGAUACAGAGUUACUGGAGAAUGUAUCAAGCAAGAAGAUGUUAUUCUCAAAAACGUCAAGCUGCAAUCACAAUACAACAGCACUACAGAGCCUGGAAUGUUGGUUGUGAAGCUUACAAUGAGUAUCAGAGGAGAAAGAAAGCCUGUAUUGCCAUUCAGGCUUGGAUAAGAAUGCUAAAAGCCAAGAGGCAGUAUGCCACGAAACAGAGAGCUGCCUUGCUUAUUCAGCAGCAGUACCGAGCCAUUGUUUUGGGCAGAAAGGCACAGAGAGAGUUCCAUACCCUGAGGACUGCCACCAUUAAAAUACAGUCAAAAUACAGAAUGUACAAGCAACAGACACAGUAUCAACAACAAAGAUCUGCUGUUUUGGUUCUUCAGAAAUACACUCGAGCAUAUAUGGCCAUGCGAGCAGACCAAGAGAUGUUUGCAGCCAAGAAAAAAGCAGCAGUACUUAUCCAGGCGACGGUCCGAGGAUGGCUCCAACACCGAGAUUACAAUCUGGAACGUGCUGCCUGUAUCAGAAUACAAACUUGGUUCCGCUGCCAGCUAGCCCACAAAGCGUACCUGGCCCAGAAGAGGGCAUCACUCACAAUUCAGCGGUACUAUCGUGCAUAUAGGCUAGGCAAGCAGAUUCAAGAUGAGUACAAAAUAACAAGAAACUCAGUAAUUGUCCUGCAAGCUGCCACUAAAGGUUAUUUGGUCAGGAAGCACCUCAAAGAGAGACAGAGGGCAGCAACCAUCUUGCAAGCAAGGUUCAGGGGAAGGAAGGAAUACCUAUCAUACAAGAGGAAGAAGGCUGCGGUUUUGACCCUUCAGCGGUAUUAUAGAAACAAAAUGUUAGGGGACAGUGUACGGCACCAUUUCCUGGAGAUGCGAGAGAGCAUUGUGUCCAUACAAGCUCUGGCAAGAGGUUAUCUUGUAAGGAAGGAAAUGAAGAGAAGGUCAGAUGCUGCUUUGGUCAUUCAGGGCUUCUGGAGGAUGCACAUCCAACAAAAGAAAUUUGCAAAACAAAAGGCUGCUGCAGUUAUUCUCCAAAAGGCCUAUAGAAGUCAUUGCUUGACCAAAUUGGCUGUGGCAGAGUAUAAGAAAACCAAGUCAGCUGUCUGUAUACUUCAGGCUAGUGUCAGAGGUUACCUGGUUAGAAAAUUGUUAAGAGAACAGGCAAAUGCAGCUGUACGUAUUCAGUCAUGGUUCCGUGGAUGUCAGCAGAGGAAGCUGUAUGUGCAUCAGAGACAUGCAGUAAUUACAAUUCAGGAGCAUUACCGUGCAUACUUUGUUGGCAAAAGGGUAAGACAAGAAUACCUAUAUGAUAAGAAAUGUCUUGUUAAAUCACAGGCUCUUGUGAGAGGAUUCCUUGUGAGACAAGAUUUGAAGAAACAACAAGCUGCUGCCACUGUUCUACAGGCAUACAUUCGAAGACAUCUUGAAAGGAAGCAGUACCUGCAACAAGUGGAAGCUGCCACCUUCAUUCAAAGAUGUUAUCGUAGGUAUAUACUGACACAGGAGAUUCAACGGCUGUACAAGACAAAACGCUCUGCUAUAAUAACCAUUCAGUCUGCUGUGCGUGGAUUUUUAGUAAGGAAAGACCUAAUCAGAAAACAUGAAGCUGCCACGAAGAUUCAAGCGAGAACCCGGACAUGGCUGGUACGUCGACAGUAUGUGAAAUAUGUGGAAGCAAUUAUAACUGUACAAGUUCACUGGCGGGCAACGCUAUUGAUGAAAGAGGAGCGUGAACACUAUCAUACUGUGCGAGGAGCAUUUGUUAGAAUUCAGGCCAUCUGGAGAGGGAGACUUGUGAGAAAGAAGCUUGGUGAACAACAUGUUGCAGCAACUGUCAUUCAGUCUCAUGUUCGUAAGUUCCUAGAAUACAGGAGAUAUCAGAAGAUACAAAAUUGCACAGUACAGAUACAAAGGUGGUGGCGCAACAUUCAUCUGAGUUUAACAGUACGCAAAGAGUAUAUAAGAAAGAAGGAAGCUGCCUUUGUUAUCCAGUCAGAAGUGCGAAGAUUUUUAAGGAGGAAGAAGGAUGAAAGGGAAAAUAAGGCUGCCACAAUCUUGCAGGCUCAGUACCGAGGUUAUGUCCAGAGACAGAAAUAUCUGAAAGAAAGGCAGAAUGUUAUAAAGAUCCAAAGAUGGUGGUUGUUGCAGAGAGAGAAACAGAGAGUACAUGGGGAAUACAUGAGAAUUCGAAGGGCAACUCUGAUACUGCAAGCAGCAUUUAGAGGGAUGAAAGUAAGAAGAGCCAUUGAAGUGCAAAGGAAGGCACAGGUCAGAAUCGCAGCCUACUUUAGAGGCUGGCGUGUCCGUCAAGAGCAUUUCCGGAAGGUCCAGGCUGCAAUUAUAUUGCAGAGAUGGUGGAAGGGAGUAAGGCUGGCUAGAGAAGAGAGAGAGAGGUAUUGUCUAGUAAGAAAUUCAGUGAUCAGAAUUCAAGCUAUUGCUCGUGGCAUGUUGGUGCGCAGGGCAAUCUCCCAAAAGCAUAAAGCUUCAACUAAGAUUCAGGCAGGUGUACGAGGCUGGUUGUUACGGAGAAAGUUCCUCAACACUGUUCAAAGCGCUGUAACUAUACAGAGGUGGUGGAGGGGUUUAAGGAAAGUGAAAGUGGAAGAACAGGAAUACCAAGCUAAGAGAAAUGCCACAAUUACACUCCAGAAGUGCUUCCGUGGACUGGUGGUACGUAGGAGAUAUAUUCGGAAGCGUGAAGCAUGUGUGAAGAUCCAGACGUAUGUCAGGCAAUGGUUAGUUCGUAAGAGAUACACGAAAAUUGUUCAAAGUUCAGUCUUGAUACAGAAAUGGUGGAGGAGCAUUAAGGAAACGAAGGAAGAACAGCAGAGAUACCAGAUGACCAGAGAAGCCACUGUGACCUUACAGGCGUAUUUCAGAGGCAUGAGUGUGAGGCGUGAGAUGAAGCAGCGCCGGGAGGCAGUCGUGAAGCUCCAGUCCUACUUGCGGGGUUGGCUGGUGCGUAGAGAAUAUGCAAGGCAGGUCAAGAAAGUGGUUACUAUCCAGCGUUGGUGGAGAGCUACAAAACUAAGCAGAGAAGAGCGCCUAAGAUACAUAAGAAUGAGAAAUGCAGCUAUUGUCAUUCAGUCAUAUGCCAGAAGGAUGCAAGUCUCCCAAGAACUGAAGAAGCAGAAUAAUGCAGCCUUAAGAAUUCAGGCUUGCUUCCGCCGUUGGUGUGUCCAGAGAGACUAUCGACGCAAGAUGGAAGCUGUUGUCAAGCUGCAGAGGUAUUGGAGAGGUGCAUACCAGACGUUGCGAGCACAGGAACGAUACAUCUAUAUGAAACGUGCGGCUGUCAUUAUUCAAGCAGCGUGGAGAGGAAGACAAGCCCGCCAGGUGCUUAAACGGUCCAAGGCUGCUUGUAUUUUGCAGGCUUACGUUCGUGGAUGGUUUGCUCGCCGUUAUGUGAAGGAAGAAAGACGAAGAAUUCACCUGACACGUGUGACUAAGGUGACAAAAGUUCACAUGGCUGCUAUUACCAUCCAGCGAUCUUUCCGUCGUCAUCAAGCCAUGGUGCGUGCUAAGCAGACCAUAGAAUCAGUGGUAAAGCUGCAGCAAUGGGUGCGAGCAGUAUUACAGAGGAGGCGCUACCUGAGGCAACGCGAGGGGGCGGUUGUCAUCCAGAGAGCCUGGCGUAGGAAAUUAGAGAAGAUCAAGAAGGAGCGUCGUAUAAAGGCUGCAACAGUUUUACAAGCAGCUUGGCGAGGACGCGUUGCCCGACGUACUUUGAAAAACAAGAAGUUGAACGAUGUCCGCCAGAGGUUGGAAGCGGCUACACGGGAGGCCACAGACGCCAAGCGCAUUGGCAAUAGGACUGUUUGUGCCAUAUCCUACCUGAUAAAGUACAAAGACCUUAAGAGGAUUUUGAUAGCUGUCAUGUACUUAGACACAAGUACACGCUGGUCUCCACCUUGCUGUGAGAAGCUGUCUGAGGGAGUAGCCCUUGACACAAUCAUGUUUUUACUGAGGGCUUGCAACAGGUCUAUCCCUCACAUGCAGAUCCAGAGUUAUGUUUUGAAUAUCCUUAUUAACCUGGCAAGGUACCCAUACACUGCACCAUCACUGCACAGGUUGGAGGGCCUAGUUGAAUCGCUGAUUCAGCUUAUGACCAUAUACUACGAGAAAGGCCCUGCUAUUUUUACCAAGUGUUGUACUCUGCUCUACAUCUUGACAACAACAAACCCACCCCAGAAAGAAAUGGGCACAUCCAAAGUCAAGGACGAAUUAACCAGCCUGAAAAACUUGAUGAUCCGGCGCGAGAAUGCAAGCCUACGUGGCCAGCGUCCAGCCAAGCGAAGUCCACUCCCUGCAUCCCAGCUUCCAGCGAUCACCCCCGAGUGGGCUCUCAAGACCAGCCAGCCGAGGGAGUUUGAGGAGCCUAUGCGGGCAAUAAUUACGCUGCUAGCCAGGCUGUCUCUUAUUAAACCUGAGGCGUAGGACUAUGCUUGGGACCUCAUUCUCUAAGGGAUUCUACCUGUCAUAGUUUAUUUGAUUAUUUUCUUUGGGAUUUUCUUUUUGUGCAUUAAUGUUAACUGUCUAUUGUCUUUUUACGCAUUAACAUAAUUAGUAAUGGAAACCAUGUUUUUUUUAUAUAUAUAUAUAUAAGAUGAAGUACAAACUGUACUUCUUAGGAAUCUACUUUAAUGAGCCUAGAAAUAACAAUAUAAUUGUUAGAAAACAUAUUAUUAGCUUUGAUGUUGCCUUAAUUUGCAAAGGAUAUCUAGGUUUUAAGUAUUUUACUGUGUAAGAUAUAUAAUGUGGGUUUAUUUUUACGUAUACAUAAAUAUGUAUCAAUAUAUAUUAGUAAAUAUAUAUAUUGCUAUGGGCAAAUUGACCAUCCUAUGUGCUUGAAAAUAUUAUGAAUGUAGAAAUAUUAUUUCAGAGAUUACUGCCAAGCUCCUGACUUGGCAUUAUAGAUGAAAUAGCUUUAAACAUACAAAGUUGCCUGUUAGCAGCUGGACCCACAUACCACAUUGCUACAAUGCACUGCCGUCAUAUAACUAAGGUUACUCAUUCUACUGCAGAUUCAUUUAUUAGUCUAAAAAUUAUCCCUAUCAUCCGGCUAACUUACAGCCUUUUGUAUAUAUUUUGCGCCUAGUUUAAUUGUCAUAUAAACUCCAUUAAUCACUACAUCACAUUUUUUCAUUAUUUACUGUCAAUGUAAUAAGUUUGUGUGCCUCUUGAGAUGACUUACUCUUCUACUGACUGUACUUAGGAUAGAAGAUUGAAAUAUUUUUUUUCAAAGUUUUGUAAAUAAACCAGUUUA